AUGGCGGAGGGAGGGAAGGCCGUACAAGAAGAGCUCUCACUCCCAAUCCUACUAGCGGACCGCGUCAUCAAGUCGGCCCAGGAAGCAGAAUCCUCCAAGGGCGACUGCGGUGAGCUGGCCAAGCAAGCCGACCGACUCUCGCAGAAGCUACGUGCCGCCGCCCGCAUCAUCGCUGCUGCAGCCCCGGGCGCUGUCUACGAGCGGCCCCUACGCCGCAUCGCCGCUGACGUCUCCAAGAACCUCGACCGCGCCCUCACUCUCACCCGCAAAUGCCGGCGGCGGAGCGGCUUCUUUCCCCACCUAUUCGCCAUCACCACCUCCGGCGACUUCCGCAGGGCCGCUGCCCAUCUUGACUCCUCCGCCGCUGACCUGGCCUGGCUGCUCUCCAUCUUCGACGAUUCCGAGGGCGGGGCUAACCUCUCUCUCCCCCCAAUCGCCAGCAAUGACCCCACUGUUGCCAUGCUCUGGUCCUCAAUCGCCUCCGUCCAGAUGGGUCAGCUCCGAGACCGAGUCGACUCAGCGGACUACCUCGCUUCGCUUGCCCUUAUCAACGAUCGGAACAAGAAGAUGAUUGUUGAGGAAGGUGGGGUUGGCCCUCUGCUUAAACUCCUGAAGGAGGGGGCCUCGCCGGAGGCUCAAGUUGCUGCUUCCACGGCGCUUCUCAACUUGGGGAAUGAUCAAGAGAGGGUUCAAUCGAUCGCCGGAGAAUUUGCAGUGCAGGUUAUUGUUAAAGUUCUGGGUGAUUCGCCGAUGAGGGUUCAGGUCGCGGUGGCGAAUUUGGUGGCCAGAAUGGCCGAGAUGGAUCCAGAAACGCAGGAGGAGUUUGGAAGAGCGAAUGUGACAAGGCCUUUGUUGACAUGGUUAUCUAUGGAUAUAGUUUUGGGUGAUACUAAGCUUGAAUCGGGUAAGACUAGUAUACAUUCUUUAGUUGAGAUGAAUAAGGAGUUAGCUAGGAACCCUUUUAUCAACUCCCACCAUUCAAAUUCCUCUUCGUCUCUGAAGAAGGAGAGAAGUGUGGAAUCACCUGAAUUGAAACUUGAGCUUAAGAUUAGUUGUGCUAAUGCUCUGUGCAAGCUCUCAAGGGAGAGUUUGUUGAAUAGCAGGAAGAUAACUGAGACGAAAGGGUUGCUCUGUCUGGCAAAGCUAAUUGAGAAGGAAAAAGGGGAGUUGCAGACUUAUUGUUUGAUGGUGGUGAUGGAAUUAGCUGCUGUGGCAGAGUUGAACACUGAACUUAGACGAGCAGCUUUUAAGCCUAAUUCUCCUGCUGCAAAGGCCGUGUUGGAGCAGCUACUGAGAGUGAUAGAUGAAGAAAACAGCCCGACAUUGUUGAUUCCCGCUAUAAAAUCAAUUGGGUAUUUAUCCCGAACGUUUCCUGCAAAGGAAACUCGGAUAAUUAGUCCUCUGGUAACUCAACUUGAGCACAGGAAUGCCGAUGUAGCCACUGAAGCUGUCAUUGCUCUAACCAAAUUUGCAAGCCCGGACAAUUUUAAUUGUGUAGAUCACUCAAAGGCCAUUAUUAUCUGUGAUGGCGUUCCAAGGCUAGUAAAUGUGAUCAGAACCAAUAGUCGGGAUCAAGUCCAUGGACUUGUAUUACUGUGCUACCUUGCCUUGAAUGUUGGCAAUAGUAAAGCUCUUGAACAAGCAAGAGCACUAAAUGUUAUUGAAGGUACAGCCCGUUCCAUUUUGGCACAAUAUCCUGAACAGAGAGAAUUGUUUGCAAAGACUAUACACCAUCUUACCCUUUAUCAGGCUGGAGCUCAUAACCAUAGACAGGGUUAUGCAACAUAA